GGCUAGGGAGGUGCUCGGUUUUUCUGUGACGUAUUCGGAGGAGCCAGGGUGGCAGCGGUAAUCGGACUGUAAACGGCGGAAGGCCGCGCGGGCUCUCGAGUCCCGGCCCGUUCGCCCUCAUCCCCCCACCUCAGCGGCACCGGCGCCAUGAGUUUGCACAACAGCGGGCUGCCGCAGCAGCAUUUCACCCCCGGUAACGGGGACUUCACCUUCGUCUCUUCGGCUGACGGUGAAGACCUCAGUGGUUCUAUGGCUGCUCCAGAGGUUAAACUUAAUAUGGAUACUGAUUCUACAAAAGAUGCCUCAGCAACAGCGUUCCUCAGGAAAAGGGGAUAUGGAUGGCUUCUAGAAGUGGAGGAAGAUGAUUCUGAGGAGACAAAACCACUCCUGGAGGAGUUGGACAUUGAUCUAAAGGAUAUUUACUACAAAAUCCGAUGUGUGUUGAUGCCAAUGCCAUCACUGGGAUUUAAUAGACAGGUCGUGAGAGAUAAUCCUGACUUCUGGGGGCCUCUGGCUGUGGUCCUCUUGUUUUCAAUGAUCUCACUAUAUGGACAAUUCCGAGUUGUUUCCUGGAUUAUAACAAUCUGGAUAUUUGGAUCACUGACCAUCUUUUUAUUAGCUCGGGUUCUUGGUGGUGAGGUUGCAUAUGGUCAGGUUCUUGGAGUGAUUGGGUAUUCUUUACUCCCUUUGAUUGUAAUUGUUCCAGUCCUUUUGGUUGUUCGAUCCUUUGAGCUUUUAUCUACAGUAAUAAAGCUGUUUGGUGUAUUCUGGGCUGCUUAUAGUGCUGCUUCCCUGCUGGUUGGAGAAGAAUUCAAAACAAAGAAGCCUCUUCUGAUAUAUCCAAUAUUUCUUCUGUAUAUUUACUUUUUAUCCUUGUACACUGGUGUCUGAUGUUCAAGAGACCUAAAAAGGGAACUCUGUAAUUGGACUCUGUUUGGCAAGGUCUGUUGAAAGGAAAUUGUUGAAGAAAAGUGCUAUUGACUCCAUGUUGAAGAAAAUAGGUUUCACCUCUGCCUCCAGACUUCAAGUGGUUAAUUUCAGGUCUAAAGCAUAGCUCUUUAAGGUUUUAAACACUAGAAAGAAGCUUAAUACAUUUGUAUUUAAUUCAUAUUUUUGAGUUGUUUUGGUUUUUGUGAAAACAUCUUGGAUUGAAGAUGAAGGCUGUGACCAGUUUAACUGGAAGUGGAUGGUGGAACAGUGCUAACUGCCCUGUGCCAAAGCAUCAAGAGUGACAUAGCCAAGGAUGUGCAUUUAUGUCGAAUGCAUUUUGGAUUUUGAAACAACCUGAAGGAAAAAACUAAACAUUGUGUAUUGAUCAUUGUACCUUUUUAAAAUGUGCAGUUUUAUGCGAUUCUAAUAAGUGAAGUUGAUUUUGUAGAUAUAUCUUUAUUUAAGGCAAUGCUGUCCUGCAAACAAAUUUAUUCCAAACACUUUAAAAGUUCAGUUUGUGUAGAUGAGUUCAAAUUUCAUUUAAGUUGGGUGCCUUUUGCUCGGAUUUUUUUAGCUGCUCCCUGGCUGUUGUAUACAAAAAUUAAUAACAUGCAUUUGUAAAAUAAACUGCAAAUAAGGUGUCCGUGUUUGGUUUUUUUUUUUAAACAUUCAUACUAUUUACCUGAUUAUGUUCCUUUUUAUUUAGAUUUGGAUUCAAAGGUACAAUUUGACUUUUUCCUCAAAUGUAUUGGGUUUAAAUUUUUUUGAAAAUCACCGAGCUUAAAUAACUUGGGUGAUGGAGCGGAAGUGCGUAAUCCAUAAGAAUGGUUUAUAUAUUGUAUCCAAUGUAAAAAUGGACAAAUAGAUGCUGAAUUAUUUAGUCAAACUCCAUUCUACGUGAUCUACAGUAUGACCUUAAACCAUUUCUGAACUGGCUAGCUUAUCUUGGAUGAGCAGUUUUUUUUUGUUUGAAACCAUUUUUAUAUUUAUUGUACCUUAACUGCUUAGAUCUGCCACCAUCAAGAGUAGUAAUGUGGCACUAAAGAUGCUUUAAUUUUACUGGACUGUCAAAGCAGAUGUUUCACUGAAUCUACUUGGUCAAUGACAGUAGAGACUUGCUCUUUUAUUGAUCAUGCAUUCUGCUGCGGCCUGCUAAAGGCACUCAACUAAUUCUGUGCACCUUUACAUCGUGCUGAGGUGCAAACUAUACUUAUGACAAGCAUACUGACUUACAGAUGUGGCAAGUGACCAUUCCUGGCUUUUAAGAUUUGUUCUGCAUUAUAACUGAAUUAAACCUUUUUUUAUGUUUUAGAACAAAUAUCUGAAAAGGUUGCAAAAAUUCUGCAAUUAGGAAACAUGUAAAAACAAAAAUAAAGAUUUUUUUUUGCA